AUGGCGAAGAUAUCUGCUCUCUGGACUCGUAUUGCCUCUGGUGAUCGCCUUCGCCGGUCUUCUCAGGCGGUGUCGGUUCUCGGCGGCCGCGCUUACGUCUUUGGUGGCGAGCUUGUUCCCAGAGAGCCAGUCGACAAUCAGGUUGACGUCGUCGAGCUGAAAGAUCCUCAAGGGUCAGCAGAUAUUCGUACGAUUCCGGUUCCUGCUACAGCUCCUUCUCCGCGCGUUGGGUCCCCAAGCGCUGUCUUGAACGAUGCGCUAUACAUCUUCUCCGGCCGUGGUGGUCUCGCGAUGGAACCCAUUGAGGAGAAUGGAUGCGUUUGGCGUUACAUCCCAUCCAAAAACACAUGGGACUUGAUCGAGCCCGCCGGAGACAAGUCUGCCACCUUUCCUGCUGGACGCAGCUACCACUCCGUUGCGUCUGAUGGUGUUGAUAAUGUUUAUGUCCAUGCUGGCUGCCCGGAAAAGGGACGUCUGGCUGAUCUCUGGCGUUUCACUCAGACGUCUAAGAGCUGGACCCAGCUUCCUGACGCACCGCCGCCAGCGCGUGGAGGACCCUCAAUCACGUACCACGACGGCAAGCUCUAUCGGAUGAACGGGUUUGAUGGAAAGACCGAGCAGGGCGGGUCCGUAGACAUCUUUGACUGUGCCUCUCAGACUUGGACUACGGUUGCCUUCGCUCCGGACGGUAUCAGUGGUCCUGAAUCCCGUAGUGUCUCGGCCUUGGUCACCGUAAGGGUCCAAGAGAAGACCCAAAUUGUCACUAUGUUCGGAGAGCGGGACCCAAGCUCCCUUGGUCACGCCGGAGCCGGGAAGAUGUUGGCUGAUUUUUGGGCAUUUGAUGUGGAGGAACAGACGUGGGAAAAGGUCGAAACGCAAGGUGAUCAUCCUGAUCCCAGAGGAUGGUUCGAUGCCGAUGUUGCACAGAACUCCGUCAUCGUUCAUGGUGGGCUGGCGGAGGAUAAUUCGAGACUUGGCGAUUUGUGGAAGCUGAAAUUUGUCUACCUAUUCGAACCAUCCUGGGCCCGUGAUGCUGACAAGAGUGACAAAAAUGACCAGCAUCACUUUCAGACCGACAGGUUCCGGAAACACAACAGCUCAUCGACUGAGAUCCAGAAACUGAAGCAGGUCGAGACUUCACGAUCCACCUUUGACUUUGACGAGCAGGCACAAGCAAGAGACGCGGCUCUUUACAGAAAUGGCCAACUUAUUCUGCAACCCGCACCGACGAAGGACCCGCGAGAUCCCCUCAAUCUUCCUAUCUCUCGCAAGCUCCUAGGAACCUUCUGCCUCUGCUGUUUCGGCGCAUUGGCUGCGGCAGCUGAGCUGAUUCUGGGUGCUAUGCUCCCAGUUUUUGCUGUGGAGUACGCUGGUCUCGAUCCGAAGAUUCUCAAAGAUUUGACGUCUAAUGGAGGCCUUCCCGCCGGGACUGACCCUUUGAAGAUUCUCUCCAGCUUCCCUGGGGCACCACCAAUUUUCCACGUCUAUCUCUUGGCAUCCCUUCCCGUGUUGGUUAUCGGACUCUCCAAUCUUUUCCUGGUACCGUUGGCCAUUUCAGUCGGCCGUCGCCCGGUGGUACUCAUUACUGGUGUUCUCGCCAUCAUCGGUGCCUUGUGGGCUGGGGCCAGUCAAUCUCUACCAUCGCACUUACUGGCUCGUUGCUUGCAAGCCCUGGGCGCUGGUACUGUCGAAAGUUUGAUCCCUUUCAUCAUCCAGGAUAUGGUCUUCGUCCAUCAACGUAACGCUUGGAUCUCCGGUAUUUUCGCGGCCCAGGGUCUGAUCAUCAUCGUCCUCGGAAUCGCGGCUCCGUACAUGAUCAUCAACCUCAGCUGGAGAUGGAUGUAUUUCAUCACCGCGAUGGGUGCUGCCGUAUUCCUCGUUGGUGUCUAUUUCUUCAUGCCCGAGACUAGGUGGGAUCGCACACGUGCCGAAAUGAAUGGCGUCCCCCGGGAUGAGACCGGGCAGUUGCGUGAGCCUAGAACGUUUCGGUACAACAUCGCCAUGUUCCACGGCAAGAUGGAGUGGCGCAAGGGCUUUAACGCCUUCGUUGACACCCUUCGCACGUUCUUUUACCCUCAGAUUUUCUUCAUUACUAUGCUCAACAGUGUAAUGAUUGCAUGCGCCUUUGCGGCUGGAUACACCGUUGCUCCCGCUCUUCUGACCGCACCGUGGUCAUGGGAUUUCAUGAAUCUUGGACUUUGCCUCCUCCCUAUCCUUGUCGCAGCCGUCGCAGUGGCAUUGGUGACUGGCAAAGCUGCCGACUGGAUGGCCAACCGCCUCGCAAUGAAGCGUGGUGUCAGAGAGCCCGAGAAUCAGCUCAUCAAUCUCAUCAUCCCGACCCUCGCUGGCAUUAUCGGAGCCGUCAUUUUCGGUUUGGCCGGCUCAAACCAGGCGAACUACUCCUGGGUCACGUUCCUGACAGGCUUGGGCUUGAUGGCUUUUGGCUUCUUGGGUGCCAACUCCAUCGGCGCAGUGUACGUGUUGGAAUGUUACCCCCAUCUUGCUGGCCCUGCAUUGGUAAACAUCGCCUCUUUCAGGGCUUUAUUGGCCUUUGCACUGUCAUUCAAGAUCUCUGAUUGGGUUGUCGAAAUGGGAUACUUCCAUUCGAUGAUGAUCUAUACCGGGCUGAUCGCCGCGUUCGCUUAG